AUGACAACAAACGGCCUGACGUCACUCGCCUAUAAAGCGUUCAGCAUGCGGGGGGCGGGGCCUCCGAGGUUGGGGCGGGGCCAGCGUCCGCCGCUGUGCGCGCAGGGGAGAGCCACGCCCCCUGCGAGCAAGGUUUCUCUGGACGCCCAUUACCUGGAAGAAAGCAGCAACAUAAGGAAUGGGAAGAAGAACAGAAAUAUUAAGAAGUUAGAGAAAGAUGGAUGGAAAAAACGAUGGGUGCAAUCUAAACAUCAGCCGGAUUAUGGUCAAUUCCAGCUCAGUGCGGGGAAAUUUUAUGGACACGUAGAGAAAGAUAAAGGCCCUGACAUCUGUGGCUUUGGCAAUAACAUCGUGCAGGUCAUCCUCCAGUACCAAGGGAAAUACCAUGCUAACAACAAGACCAUCAAGUGCAGGAUCGACAAAGACACUCACCUGUACACUUUGAUCAUUCACCCCAAUGCUACGUAUGCGGUCAAAAUUGACAAUGAGCAGGUGACAGCUGGGGAGCUGGAGGAGGACUGGGCCUUCUUGCCUCCCAGGAAAAUAAAAGACCCCUAUGCCCGGAAACCAAGGAAAUGGGAUGAACGUCUUCAAAUAGAGGAUCCUGAAGAUAAGAAACCUGAGGAUUGGGAGGACUUUGAGUUCAUCCCAGACCCAGAAGCCAAAAAGCCGGACGACUGGAACGAAGCGAUAGAUGGAGAGUGGGAAGGACCCCUGAUCCCAAACCUGAAGUAUAAGGGACAAUGGAAACCUCGGAUCAUUGACAAUCCCAGUUACCAGGGAGAGUGGAUUCAUCCAGAAAUAGACAACCCUGAAUAUAAGCCUGACCCCACUCUUGGCCACUAUUACAACAUCAGUGUUCUCGGCUUGGAUCUUUGGCAGGUGAAAUCUGGCAGUAUCUUUGACAAUUUCCUUCUCACAAAUGAUGAAGAGUUUGCUGAAGAGGUUGGCAAUAAAACCUGGGGAGUAAGAAAGGAUGUAGAGAAGCAAUGGAGAGAGCUGUAUGAAGAAAUGGAAAAAAGAAGACAGGAAGAAGAGGCCAAGAAGAAAAAGGAAAAGGAGAAGGAGCGAGAAGAUGACAUCUGGGGACUUUACACAGAGGAGGAUGAAGAGGAUGAAGGGGAGGUCGAGGAGGAGCCGGAAGAUGACCGCCAGACGCAAGAUGAUAGUGAAAGAGCAUUUCCGGGUAGAAAUGCAGCAGCCCAUGUGGACCAGAAGGAUGAACUGUAACUAGGGGGAAGGUUAGGCACAGAAGCAGACGGUGGGGUAAGGAGAGGUGUUCACGCGGCUAGUGAUCUUAGGGGAGCAAGUUAGCCUGGUCUUUGUAAAUAAAGUUGGAUCCGUAUUUCCAGCCCACCUCCUUCGCGCUAUAUAAUCUUAGAGAAGUCACAGCCCAUCUUGGGCCUAUUUCCUUGUUAGUGGAAAGAGUGGUAACUUCUAUUUCAGGAGGUUGUCAUAGGGAAUAAGUGAGCUAGUAAUGGGUGUAAGGUGCCUAC